CCCGUCCGACUUCAAUCCCCACCUCAUUCCUCUCCUCAUGUCUCGCCACCGGCGCCGCGCCGCCGCCGCCUCGUCUCCUCCUCCUCGUCCGCCUCAACGCGCCUCGACCUACUUCUUCCACCGCAUGCUCGUACGGCUGCGGCAGUAAGGGACGACGUUGUGUUUGCACGGUCUCUCAAAUCGCUGGAUCUUGGGGUGCGGAGCCCUUUUUCGCCAUCCAUGGAAGUUUCUUCGCCAGAAACCUGCGGUUCAGGGCGACGGCGAUGACGGCGGCUGCUGCCGUGCGAACCGCCGCGCCUAAUUCUGCCGAAAGUGGGGAGCAGAGCAGCAUUUCCAGCUGUGAGGUAGAGCAGCGUGUCUCUUCUCAACUUCUCUUGGGCUGGAAGGCUGCUCCUAAAUAGCAGCGCUCUCUGAUGAUCCGAUCAUUUUGUGGUGGAUCUUGUCACAGAUGGUCAUGACAUGCCAGGGCAGUUCCAAGAGGUGGACAGUUCAUUACCUGAACUAGGUGGAUGAAAUUUGCCUGCACUACUCCCUGAGGUGUUGAGUUCAUGCUUAUCUUGAACCCUACGUGGCCCAGAUUAGCACUGAACACGUUUUUGGAGCGGAAGAAGUGAAGCAUCUAUUGAUGAUUAUAAUGCAUGUGUGGUGGAUCAUGCUGCAGUCAGCACACAUACCAGCACAGCAACAGUGCUGCACGGCAAUUGAGGCGAAGGUGCAGCUGUCAUAAGUUGAGAAGCAAAUUGACAGGCUGUUUGAAGGUUGAUGAAACAAGACAGCGAUGCUCCACGAGGUGUUGACUGUUGAGUUCAUGCUUAUCUAGAUGUCGUCUGGAUCUAUCAUGACUGAGCGUGUUUCUGUAGGUGGAUGAAACUUGCCGGUGGUACAACAUGAGGUGUCGAGUUCAUGUUUAUCUUGAAGCUGCCUGGCCCAUAUUAGCAUUGAACACGUUUUUGGAGAUAUCAGAGACAUACCAGGAAAGCAACAGUGCUGCAUGGCAAUUGAGGCGAAGGUGCAGCUGACAUCAGUUGAGAACCAAAUUGACAGGCUGUUGGAAGGUUGAUGAAACAGGACAACGAUGCUCCAUAAGGUGUUUGAGUUCAUGCUUAUCUAGAUGUUACCUGGACUGGGCAUGUUUCUGUAGGUUGAUGAAACAAGACAGCGAUGCUCCACGAGGUGUUGAGUUCAUGCUUAUCUAGAUGUUACCUGGACUGAGUGUGCUUCUGUAGGUGGAUAAAACUUGUCAGUCGUACUCCGUGAGGUUCAUGCUUAUCUUGAAGCUGACUGGCCCAUAUUAGCAUUGAACACGUUUUUGGAGGUAGCAGAGACAUACCAGCACAGCAACAGUGCUUCACGGCAAUUGGGGCGAAGGUGCAACUAUCGGAACCAAAUUGACAGGCUGUUGGAAGGUUGAUGAAACAAGACAGCGAUGCUCCACGAGGUGCUGAGUUCAUGCUCAUCUAGAUGUUACCUGGAACGUAUCAUGUCCGAGAGUGUUUCUGUAGGUUUAUGAAACAAGACAGCAAUGCUCCACGAGGUGUUGAGUUCAUGCUCAUCUAGAUGUUGCCUGGACAGUAUCAUGACUGAGCGUGUUUCUGUAGGUAAAGUCAGCUCUUCCCCCUCUCUUAACAACUUCUUUUUUCAAUAAAGCUCUUAGCAUAUUAGGUGCACUAGCCAUAUGGGAUGUAAUCUGAUGCAUCCUAUGCUUCCAUGAACCUUGCUCCCUCGUGCAUUCUAUUUCUUUUUCUUGAAUAACCAAAACAUGACAAAUAGGCAAUACUAAUUACAUACAUACAUGUAUCUCAUUAUCAUAUUAUUAUGAAGUACUACUCAUGGGGUUGUAACAGUUGUUGGAGCUCAGCGAUAGAGCGCUAAUUUAUCCAAUCAAACUUGUUAUAUAUUCUCUUCUCAGAGAAAAUAGGAUGCAGUCAGAGUCCAUGUCAAGAUCCCAUGUUAUUACUUUCUACAUUACUGCACCUAGAUUCAUGGCCUUCUAUAGUUCCCAAGAUCCGAUGAGCUCGUGCUCCUGUUAUGUUUUCCAGUACUCCCUUCGAUCCAUAUUAAUUGUCGCUGAUUUAGUACACUAUGAGCUCAGAGCUCGUGCCCCUAUUAUGUUUUCCAAUACUCUUUUCGAUCCAUAUUAAUUGUCGUUAAUUUAGUAUUAAGUUGUACUAAAUCAGCAACAAUUGAUAUGGAUCGGAGGGAGUAGUAAAAUAUGACAUUUAUGAAAUAGCUCUCAUAAGAAAUGUUACUCUAGUUUGAUUCUAGACUAUUAGUUUAGCCAUCAACUAAAGAUUUGAAGCGUCUAUUAAGAAUUAUAGCGCAUGUGUGGUGGACCAUGAUGCAAUUAGCAGACAUGCCAAGAAGACAACAGUGCUGCUGCACGAGGGUUGAGGUGCGGGUGCAACCAUCACACGUUGACAACCAAAUUGCCAGAAGGUAUUUUGCCAAUCUGGAUGAUGAGACGAACCACUCGUGCGAAUACUUUGACAUCUAUAGGCGAGACAUGUACACGCACUCGAUCUCACUCAUUGAUGUCAGUUGCACUAACCAAAAUAAGAGAGCUCCAGUUUCGCGCGGAUGAUUAAGCCGCAGCGGAGAACUUGCUCCAUUAUCAAUUCCUUGUGGCUCUCGACUAUAAAUAGAGCGGGGUACAAAGGGUUGAGCACCAACAAAACACAUCUGCUCUUCACUUUCUCUUCCAUCAUUACAAUCAGAAAUAGCAGAUCAUCAGUUGAGUUCAUCCAUUAGAAACAUGGCCUGCCAUCAAAGAUCUGCGAGUCUGCCUUCCAUCCCCCACUCCACCGAAUCCAAAGUGGAGGUGGAGCUGCAGGGCCUGCAGACACGCAUCUCCAUGCCUUCCGCGACCAUCGACACGAUGUGCGGCGGUCUGAGCAGGCUCGGAGACAUCUACAGCUCCAUAGAAGAGAUCAUGAGCCUGCCCAGCAACCAAAUCGGCCUCUCCCUGCCCCUGCAGAGGAAGAUGGUCGAGGAAGAGCUUGACAGAUCACUUGCCCUGGUGGAUCUUUGCAAUGCCAUGCAGGAGAGCCUGGCAGAGCUGAAGAUGAGCAUCCAGGACUUGCGGCUCGCCCUCAAGAGGGGAGAUGGCGUGGCUGUUCAGCUCAAGAUCGAGUCUUUUGUUCGCCUGGCGAAGAAGGCGCAGAAGCCUUUCAAGAAGAUCACAAGCGGCAAGGCUACCGCCGAAGGCUGCGGGGCGGUCAGGCUAUUGGCAGAAGCAAGAGACAUGGCGGUCUCUCUGCUUGAAUCCGCGCCGCGCCUCCUGCUGAAGCAAAUUGGGGUUGCCAAUGGAAGCAGAUGGUCUCUGGUCUCACAGAAGUUCCAGAAGAAGAGGGUUGUCUGCGAGGCGGCGCAGCUGCAAGCGCUGGAGCGCAGUGUAGCGGAUCUCGAGAACGGUGUUGAGUCCCUGUUCAGGAGGUUGAUUCCGAGCAGGGUUUCACUCCUGAACAUCCUUAGCUCCUAGAUGCUUCUCAACCCUCAAGCCUUGUUACUCCACACAUCUUUUGUACAUUAUACCAAACAUACAUAAUCGAAUGAUGAUUACACAGUUU